CUUGGCACCAAUCAAACUUCUCCCCUUUCAAUUCAAAACUCAAAACUAUAAUUCCCCCAAAAAAAGAAAAAUAAAAGAAAACCUAGAUCCCUAAAAAUUCAACCUCCUUUCUCUCUCUAAAUCCCCCCAAGCUUUCUCUCUCUAGACAACAAUGGCGUCCUCAGCAAGAGAAGAGAGCGUUUACAUGGCGAAACUCGCCGAACAAGCUGAACGUUACGAAGAAAUGGUGGAGUUUAUGGAGAAAGUCGUUUCUGCAGCUUCAGAAGGUGAAGAACUCACCGUUGAAGAGCGAAACCUUCUUUCCGUCGCUUACAAAAACGUCAUCGGAGCUCGACGUGCUUCGUGGAGGAUUAUCUCUUCGAUUGAGCAAAAGGAGGAGAGUCGUGGAAAUGAAGAUCAUGUUUCUGUGAUUCGUGAUUAUAGAUCUCGAAUUGAGAAGGAGUUAUGUGAUAUUUGUGAUGGAAUAUUGAAACUCCUUGAUACUAAGCUUAUUCCUGCUGCUAGUGCUGGUGAUUCUAAGGUGUUUUAUUUGAAGAUGAAGGGAGAUUAUCAUCGGUAUUUGGCUGAGUUUAAGACUGGUACUGAGAGGAAAGAAGCCGCUGAGAGUACUCUCACUGCUUACAAAGGAGCUCAGGAUAUUGCAAAUGGCGAGCUUGCUCCAACUCAUCCAAUUAGACUUGGAUUGGCUCUUAACUUCUCUGUGUUUUACUAUGAGAUUUUGAACUCUCCUGACAGGGCUUGCAAUCUCGCUAAGCAGGCGUUUGAUGAAGCUAUAGCUGAGCUAGACACCCUCGGAGAAGAGUCAUACAAAGAUAGCACUUUGAUUAUGCAACUUCUUCGUGAUAACCUUACCUUGUGGACAUCGGAUAUGCAGGAUGAUGGUGCUGAUGAGAUCAAGGAGGCUGCCAAGCAGCCUGAAGCUGAUGAACAACAGUAAGAGUGCCUAACGUUGGAAUUAGGGUUUCAAUCUUCUCCAUAGUGGUUUUUAAAAGGAGAAGUGUGUUUGUUUAUGAUGCUAGGUUUUUCUUCUUUCUUUUUUACCAUUCCGAACAAGAAUUGCUUUGAUUCAGCAUUGUCAAGUCGGGUGAUGUUUAUUAAUGCCGUUCUUAUAUAUUAAAAUAUGGCAAAUCUGCCUGCUCCUCAA